UCCAGGCCCGGCGGGCGAGGUUAGCCGAGGCCGCCAUAUUGAAUAAGCAACCCGGCCUCUGAGGGGGUUGGUGCGGUACAGGCAGUUCUGCAGAGCAGCUUCGGCGUUUCCAGGGAGAAGCAAUAUGUUAAGGAUACCUCUAAAAAGGGCCUUAGUAGGCCUUUCUAAGUCUUCUAAAGGAUGUGUUCGAACAACUGCCACAGCAGCAAGCAACUUAAUUGAAGUAUUUGUUGAUGGUCAGUCUGUCAUGGUGGAACCAGGAACUACCGUCCUUCAAGCUUGUGAGAAGGUUGGCAUGCAGAUCCCUCGAUUCUGUUACCAUGAAAGAUUGUCUGUUGCUGGAAACUGCAGGAUGUGCCUGGUUGAAAUUGAGAAAGCUCCUAAGGUUGUAGCUGCUUGUGCCAUGCCAGUAAUGAAAGGUUGGAAUAUCCUGACAAACUCAGAGAAAUCUAAGAAAGCCAGAGAAGGUGUGAUGGAGUUCUUGUUAGCAAAUCACCCACUGGACUGUCCUAUUUGUGACCAGGGAGGUGAAUGUGAUCUGCAGGACCAGUCCAUGAUGUUCGGAAGUGAUAGGAGCCGAUUUUUAGAGGGGAAACGUGCUGUGGAGGACAAGAAUAUUGGGCCAUUGGUAAAGACCAUCAUGACUAGAUGUAUACAAUGUACUCGCUGCAUCAGGUUUGCAAGUGAGAUUGCAGGAGUAGAUGAUUUGGGAACAACAGGCAGAGGAAAUGAUAUGCAAGUUGGCACGUACAUUGAAAAGAUGUUCAUGUCUGAACUGUCUGGAAAUAUCAUUGAUAUCUGCCCUGUAGGUGCCCUGACCUCUAAGCCCUAUGCUUUUACUGCCCGCCCUUGGGAAACAAGAAAGACAGAAUCCAUUGAUGUCAUGGAUGCGGUUGGAAGUAAUAUUGUGGUAAGCACAAGAACAGGAGAGGUGAUGAGGAUUUUACCAAGGAUGCAUGAGGACAUCAAUGAAGAGUGGAUCUCUGAUAAAACCAGAUUUGCCUAUGAUGGGCUAAAACGUCAAAGACUUACCGAGCCGAUGGUCAGAAACGAAAAGGGGCUUUUAACCUAUACCUCCUGGGAGGAUGCACUCUCUUGUGUAGCUGGAAUGUUGCAGAGUUUUCAAGGCAAUGAUGUGGCAGCAAUUGCAGGUGGCUUGGUGGAUGCCGAAGCCCUAAUAGCUCUCAAAGAUUUGCUUAAUAGAGUGGACUCUGACACCUUGUGCACGGAAGAGGUCUUCCCCACUACAGGAGCUGGCACAGAUUUGCGUUCCAGUUAUCUUCUUAAUACUACAAUUGCUGGUGUGGAAGAGGCAGAUGUUGUCCUUCUGGUUGGUACAAAUCCACGUUUUGAGGCACCACUAUUUAAUGCUAGAAUUCGAAAGAGCUGGCUUCACAAUGACUUAAAAGUGGCCCUUAUUGGCAGCCCAGUGGAUCUCACUUAUAGAUAUGACCAUCUGGGAGAUUCUCCCAAAAUUCUUCAAGACAUUGCUUUCGGUAGCCAUCCAUUCAGCCAGGUAUUACAUGAAGCUAAAAAACCAAUGGUGGUUGUAGGCAGUUCUGCACUCCAGAGAAGUGAUGGGGCAGCAAUUCUUGCAGCUGUUUCCAACAUUGCUCAAAAGAUUCAGAUGAGUAGUGGUGUUACUCGUGAUUGGAAAGUUAUGAAUAUCCUUCAUAGGAUUGCAAGCCAGGUAGCUGCUUUGGAUCUUGGGUAUAAACCUGGGGUGGAAGCAAUUCGUAAGAACCCUCCCAAAGUGCUGUUUCUCCUGGGAGCAGAUGGAGGUUGUAUCACUCGACAGGAUUUGCCAAAGGAUUGUUUCAUUAUUUAUCAAGGACAUCAUGGUGACGUUGGCGCUCCUAUAGCUGAUGUUAUUCUCCCAGGCGCUGCUUACACAGAGAAAUCUGCUACUUAUGUCAAUACUGAGGGCCGAGCUCAGCAGACUAAAGUAGCAGUGACACCUCCUGGCUUGGCAAGAGAAGACUGGAAAAUUCUAAGAGCCCUCUCUGAGAUUGCAGGUAUGACUCUUCCAUAUGAUACUCUGGAUCAAGUAAGGAACAGAUUGGAAGAAGUCUCUCCUAAUCUUGUCCGAUAUGAUGAUGUCGAAGGAGCCAAUUAUUUCCAGCAAGCAAAUGAGCUCUCUAAGCUAGUGAACCAACAGCUUCUUGCUGAUCCACUUAUUCCACCUCAGCUAACAAUAAAAGACUUCUACAUGACAGACUCAAUUAGCAGAGCUUCACAGACAAUGGCCAAAUGUGUCAAAGCUGUCACGGAGGGUGCCCAGGCAGUAGAGGAACCAUCCAUAUGCUGAAACUUCUACUAGGAACCCCAUUUUGUUACAAAUAAUUAAUGGACAGUUAUGUUGGAAUGAUCUCCUACAGGUUUAUUCUUUAAAAAAUAAUCUGAAUGAUGUAAUAUUUAAGGUCGUACCUUGCUUAUUUGAAAAUGAUACUGCAAUUAUCAGUGAACUUUGAGGUUUCAAAGACAUUUAUGUGUUGUGUGUAAACGUUAAAUUGUUUAAUAAACAAUGUAUACAGAUGCUUUUUCACAUAAAAGUAUUGGCAAUCUUUGUGACACAAAGAAAAUUCUUAAAAUACGAGUUUUUGUUCAUUUUCAUUGAUCAUUUAUGUUUGUAAAAUGUAUGAAAUAAGAGCUUCCAUUAGGA